AUGCUGAUCAACUUCUCUAUACUGGCACUGGCCUGUCUAGUCCUCGCAGUCGCCGCACAAGAUUACUAUAAGCUCCUCGAAGUCGACCGCGAUGCCUCGGAACGAGAUCUCAAAAAAGCCUACAGACGUCUAAGCAAAAAGUACCACCCCGACAAGAACCCUGACGAUGAAGCCGCCGCGAAGAAAUUCGUCGAAGUCUCCGAAGCCUACGAGACCCUCUCCGACGAAGAGAUGCGCCGAGUCUACAACCAAUACGGAGCCGAGGGAGUAAAGCAACGCAAGCAGCAACAGCAAGGAGGCGGUGGUGGCAGGAACCCAUUCGAUAUCUUCAACCAGUUCUUCGGUGGUGGAGGACACUUCGGGCAUGGCCAAAGACGGGGACCCAACAUGGAGGUGCGGGUCGCGUUCCCUCUGAAGGAUUUCUACACGGGAGCAGUCCACGAGUUCAAGAUUGAGAAGCAGGUCGUCUGUGAUUCGUGCUCAGGGACGGGAGCAGAGGACGAUUCACGGCAUCAGUGCGAACAGUGUGGAGGGCAAGGAAUGGUCAUUCGCAAGCAAAUGCUCGCACCAGGGAUCUUCCAACAGAUGCAGAUGCAGUGUGACAAAUGUGGUGGUCGCGGACAGAUCAUCAAGCAUAAGUGUAAGAAGUGCAAGGGCGAAAGAGUCGUGCGCGCAGAAGAGGCUUUCGAUAUUUCAGUGGAGAAGGGUAUGCCACGAGGCGUGAGAGUCAACUACGAGAAUGAGGGAGAUGAGUCGCCGGAUUGGCAGGCGGGAGAUCUGGUCGUGCAUCUGACGGAGCAAGAGCCGGUGUUGGACGAGAAAAGUAAGACGGAUGGCACAUUCUUCCGACGGAAGGACCUGAACCUCUUCUGGCGCGAAGUGCUAUCUCUACGGGAAGCAUGGAUGGGAGACUGGACACGAAACCUCACACAUCUCGACGGCCACACCGUUCAGCUAUCGCGGAAACGAGGACAAGUCAUACAGCCUGGCCACGUGGACGUGAUAGAAGGUGAGGGCAUGCCAGCCUGGAACUGGCGAGGCGACGGACCCGAAUAUGGCGCGCUACACGUUGAGUACGUGGUAGUACUACCAGACCAGAUGGAAAGCGGCAUGGAGAAGGAUUUCUGGGCGACGUGGGAGAAAUAUAGAAAGAAGAGGGUGGACCUGCAUAAGGAUACUGGGAGGCCGGACCCGGUGCUGAAGCAUGAUGAGUUAUAG